CCAAGAAGGGGGGACUUACCCUUGGCCAGCUGGCCUCAUACGACGACCUCAUAACCGAUGCGAUGGUCGACCGGGUGUACUUCUGGACCACCAUUCGCAAGAAUCGUAGCCGCUACUCUGCGUCGCGCGGAAUUCGCGAGGAAGAGCCCGCAGACAUUCUGCGCAAAUGCGUUAUUCUAGAGAAGGACCCCGCGAAAGCAGUCUCGCAACUGCUACUGGUGUCCGGUAUCCGCAGCUUCAGCCAGCGUCUGUCUACCAAGGACGAGAAAGAGCACUUCCAGCGCCACUUGCGCAAGUAUGUCAACAUGUACAUGCCGGACUGUCCAUUCGAGGUCACCACUACGAACCGCUACACAAUUGAUACCCAAGAGGCUUCGGUCACAGCGAGGAGGGAGAUCAAGAAGGGUGAGGAGAUCAAGUACCUGACGGGAAUUCAGGUUGCGCUCACGGAGAAGGAGGAGGACGACCUGGACGAUUCACGAUUAGAUUUCAGCAUUGUUGUCUCGAGCCGUAAGAAGACGCGAUCGCUGUUUCUAGGCCCGGCGCGGUUUGCCAAUCAUGAUUGCGACGCGAACGCAAAGCUCUCUACAAAAGGGCCGCAUGGUAUGCAGAUUGUUUCGGUCAAGAAUAUUGAGAUUGGAGACGAGAUCACUGUUUCUUAUGGUGAUAACUAUUUCGGAGAAGACAACCAGGAGUGUCUUUGCGCGACAUGUGAGAGACAGCUGGCUAAUGGCUGGGCACCUGUAAAGAAUGAAGAUGAGAGCGACGAGGCUACACCUGUGCCUGAAGAGGUACCGGAAGAAGGAGCCUAUCUGUUGAGGCGAAAGAGGAAGUAUGGCACGGAGGUCGACAGUUCGUCCAAGGACUCCACUCCAGCUGCCAUUGAUGAGCGGAAGCGGCGUCGUGUAGAGAGUCCUCUGGCCUCAACGCCAGCAUCACCCGCGCCGUCAGUGAACGCGGACAGCGCACAAAAACUGAAGCGGCCUUUGAAGUUUCUAGCGCUCAAGAAGGAGCGCAGCAUGUCUUCACUUCGACAGGAAGUACCAAUAUCGAGCAUCGAGGAUCCCAUGACGAACGCCUCGAGAGCAAUCCGUACCCAGCAGCGCGAUGGGCUGCUCACGAUGGCCCUAGACGAAGCAGAUAGCUCGCGACAGACGACUCCACGAACCCCAUCAACCGCGGAAUCCCCAAAAUCAACACAGUCAACUGAUGCUACAUCCGAGGAAGACGACGCCAUCAUGACAGAGACCCAAGAUCCCACCCUCGACACCAUCAAAGUCGCCGUCCCCUCCAUCCUCCAAUCCCUCCCAUCCCCAACCACGAUCCCCAUCUCAUCCCUCCUUAACGCCGACGCCGAAUCCGAGCUCUCCGAACUCUCAGAAAGCUACGAACUCGACGACACCUUGCAAGCAGUAACAGCGCGCAAGCGCUCCGUCUCCCAAAAACCGCCCCUGAUCCCCCGCACCACCCGCUCCAUCUCGCGCCGCACCGACAGCCUGCGCAACGCCACCCCGCUCCCCCUCGACCUCGACUCGGCCUCCGACGCCUCCGUGUCGAGCUCCCAGCGCCGCCCCGGCGACUACACCCUCACCACGGCGCUCCUCUCCGCCAAGUACAGCCGCUGGGUCAGCUGCCGCACGUGCGACGCGGACUUUGUGCAGGCCGACGCGUACCACACGCGCAUCGAGUGCCCGCGCUGCGAGCGGCACUCCAAGCUGUAUGGUUACGCGUGGCCGAAAACGGACCGCGAGGGUAAGUGGGACAAGGAGGAGCGAGUGCUGGACCACCGGACUAUCCACCGCUUUGUGGAGCCGGAGGAGGAGCGGAGCAUCAGGAAGGGCGGGAGGAGGGGGUUGCGGGAGGCGCUGUUGAGCAGGCGGGAGACGGAGAGCAGGGAGCGCACGGCGAGUGAGAGCGUGGAGGUUGAGAGUCCGAAGAAGAGGGGACGGAGGGGUAGGUUUACGAUUUGAAGACGGGUGGGGUUGACUGGGCUUGCGCGGACGGAUCAUGUGUGGGAGUGAGAGGGGUUUCUACGUGUGCAUGUCUGGAUGGAUGGGGGUGUUGAGUGGAGUUCUUGUUAUUGCUGUAGAAGCAUAUCCUGGGAGUCAUGUUUUCGAUCAAGGGGCUUCGAGCCUCUGGCUGGAUGGGGCAUGGCAUUUGGGUGCUUUUUAGGGGUUGGAUUUGAUUUUUUUGGUCUACGAGACUUGGUCGGCAUUGUUUGGGAUGAUGCAGUCUUUUCUAUUGUUGUACUAUUAGCUACCAGGAGGCGGAGUUGAUAUUAGUCUCGAAUCAAUGUGCAUUGUAACUCUGAG